AUGCAGCCCGGCGCACUUCUCCUGUGGAUGCUCGCACUGCCUCGGUCGCAAUCCGCCCCGCUCAAAGCGACCUUUGCCGCGCAUGUCGAAGCGAGCAGGAAAGAUCUAGUCGAAGUGAGUCGUGUUUUAUUCUCGCAUUCCUCGUUCGCCUUCUCCAAAACCCAAGUUCAUGUUUUGACCUUCCUGCGCCUUCUUUCACCCUGCUUAGAGCGGGUCAGGUGAGUGCGACAAAAAGUGCAAGCUUCCUCACUCGAGCUCACCAUCCCCAUUCCCGUUGCAGAACAAUUUGAGAGCGCGUCUGAGCAUCUGAGCCCCACUUCAGCAGCCAGUCUGACUCCAGGAAGUUCGUUCGAUCCUCGGCGGAUGUACGAGGAGUGCUGGAGGUCGUCGUGUCGAUGGUGGCGGGCAAAAAAGAGGUCAGACAAAGUGUUCUAUGGUGUCGCCACCGGUGUUGGCGGAUUGACUGUAGUUGCGAGCAGCGUAGCUGUCGGUGCGUGCUCUGUUUGGCGUGCAAAAUCCGUUCGACAAAGUCCUGGUGCUCUACCGUAUGUAGCUAACUGAUAUGCUGACAGUGCAAUCUCUCCCUCCGAUCGGUGGCACCGUUCUCAGGUAAAAUGCACGCGGAUUACGAGGCGCGCGAGAAAGCGCGAAAGUUGAGAGAACAGGGGCGUCGAGGAGCUGAAAUUCAUCCGGUCCGUUAG